AUGCAGAGGGAAGCACAAGACUAUGUAAAGAAAUGUGACCAAUACCAAAGAUUUGCACCAAACAUUCACCAACCUGGAGGAGUCCUUAAUCCCUUAACUAGCCCUUGGCCUUUCGCUCAGUGGGGCUUGAAUAUUGUGGGGCCUUUCCCUAAGGCAGUAGGGAAUAAGAGGUAUUUGUUGGUCGGCACAGAUUAUUUCACUAAGUGGGUUGAAGCUGAACCUCUGGCGAAUAUCAGGGAUGUGGAUGUCAAAAAAUUCCUUUGGAAAAAUAUUGUCACCAGAUACUCCACCCCGGCGUAUCCACAGGGAAAUGGGCUGGCCGAGACUGUCAACAAAGUCAUACCAUUUGGUGAAGUUCCGGUAUAUGAGGAUAGUGGCAUCAAGCAAUUCGAAUCAAGAGCAAUAAUAAGAUGCAUGGCCCAUGAAUAUGGCAAGAAGGGAGAAGAGCUAGUGUACUGUGAUGGCAGGGAGCAGGCCAUAGUAGCCAAUUGGGUUGAUGUUGAGGACCACCAGUUUGAGCCACCAGCAGCGAAACUUAUAUUUAAGAUGGUCAUUAAGCCAAACAAUUGCUUGGCUCCUGACCAAGGUGUGGUGGCCGAGGCUGAAGCCAAAUUAGGCAAUGUUCUUGAUGUGUAUGAGACACAGCUAGCAAAAUUUAUGUCUUUGGCAACUGACAAGUACACCAUUGCUGAUUUACUUCACCUCCCAAAUUUGCAAAGCCUUAUGGGAACGCCAGCCAAGAAGCUCAUUGAAUCGCGACCUCGUGGGAGAGCAUGGUGCUAUGAGAUCCUAGCUCGACCUGCUUGGGCCAAGGUGCUUGAGAUGAAGCAUAAAGCUCAGGUCUAG